UAUUCCAAAGUGAUUUAGAUCAACCUCCCACCCCCAAAGUCGAAUCAAAAAAGUGAUUUACCUCAAGUUUCUUGGUGUAACACACCGGCAUCUCUGCGGGUGUAACGGAAUUAGUGAUCUGUAUCCAAUUGCAUGUUUCAUUUGUUAUAACCUGACAUUUCAAUCCUUAAACAGAACACAUAAGAUUAGAGCAGCCAAUCAUGCCAUUUGGUUUGGUCUCGGCCUGGAACAAGCGCCGCAGAAGCAAGUCUCAAGAUCAUACAGACCCCUGUAUUUUCUUCUUCUUUUUCUUCUUCUCAGGCUUUAAUCAUGUAAGGAUUUACAAACCUGCACAGCUUUGGCAACUUGAAGAUCAAACACCACGACCAACAAAAAGGCUGCAUGGAUCAUUUGUUUUCACACUCAAGGAGAUGGAAGAGGCAACAUGUUCAUUCAGUGAUGAAAAUUUGCUCGGAAAAGGAGGAUUUGGCAAAGUCUACCGGGGCACUUUGCGGUCAGGAGAGGUUGUAGCAAUCAAGAAAAUGGCGCUGCCAGCAAUUAAAGAAGCAGAGGGGGAACGUGAGUUCCGUGUAGAAGUUGACAUUUUGAGCAGACUGGACCACCCAAAUCUCGUUUCUUUGACAGGCUACUGUGCUGAUGGAAAGCAUAGGUUCCUAGUAUACGAAUAUAUGCAUAAUGGGAACCUACAAGAUCAUUUGAAUGGAAUUGGGGAAAGAAAUAUGGAUUGGCCUCUAAGACUCCAAGUGGCACUGGGAGCUGCAAAAGGGCUAGCUUAUCUCCAUUCAAGUUCUGAUGUUGGAAUUCCUAUUGUUCAUAGAGAUUUCAAAUCGACCAAUAUUCUCUUAAAUUCAAACUUUGAAGCAAAGAUAUCUGAUUUUGGGCUUGCCAAGUUAAUGCCAGAAGGACAGGAGACACAUGUGACUGCCAGAGUGCUUGGUACCUUUGGCUAUUUUGAUCCUGAGUAUACAUCGACUGGGAAACUCACUCUACAAAGUGAUGUUUAUGCUUUUGGUGUUGUUCUUCUGGAGCUUUUGACCGGACGUCGAGCAGUAGAUCUAAACCAGGGUCCUAGUGAUCAGAACCUUGUACUACAGGUGAGGCACAUACUAAAUGACCGCAAAAAGCUCCGUAAGGUGAUAGAUCCAGAGAUGCCUCGAAAUUCUUACACCAUUCAGUCUGUAGUCAUGGUUGCCAAUCUGGCAUCAAGAUGUGUCCGCACUGAGAGUAACGAGAGACCUUCGAUGGCAGAAUGUGUAAAAGAACUCCUAAUGAUUAUCUAUACAAAUUCAAAAGGCUUGGGAAUGGUUAUGCAUAGUUUGAGAAUGAUCUAG